AGUUAGGGAUUUAGCGGCUCUUCGCGAUCGCCCAUGGUCCUGCCUUCCGACUUCUUAAGAAAUGGGAAAUCGGUUCGCCUACUUGCAAAAGCAGGGAGGUGUCUCCUUUCCCGUAAUAACCCUGUAUUAACUUGGAUGUCUGCGCUGGCUGCGGUAACAAGAGCACUGUAUUAAUUUACGUGGAUAUAACUUUUCUGCGUUUGAAAAAGUCUUCUUGGAUUAGUUUGUUGUUUUAAAAACGCGGAUCUUCCCCGGCUGCUUCCUGCUCUCUGCUGGCCCGACGGGCAGCCUCCAGCACUCCAGGCCGUGACACUAGCCACGCCAUGUCCUCCAACGGCGACGUGAGCCACCCUGCUAGCUCUGAAAGCUUCUGGGAGGCAGGGAACUACAGGAGCACAGUGAAGCGUAUUGACGAUAGUCACCGACUCAGCAGCGAGCUGGUGCUCUGUCUCCAGGAGCGAGCCAAGAUUGAGAGGAGUUAUGGCCAGCAGCUGGCUGACUGGGCUAAGAGAUGGAGGCUGGUGGUGGAAAAAGGCACAGAGUACGGCACGCUGAAGAGGGCUUGGCAUGCCUUCAUGGAUGCUGGUGACCAGCUCAGUGAGAUCCAUAUGGACCUCAGGGAUAGCCUGUUCGUGGAUGAAAGCGAGAAGGUAAAGAACUGGCAGAAGGAUGCCUUCCACAAGCAGAUUAUUGGCACCUUCAAGGAGACCAAGGAGGCUGAGGAUGGCUUCCGUAAGGCGCAGAAGCCGUGGAUUCGCAGGAUGAAGAAUGUGGAGUCGUCCAAGAAGAGCUACCACCAGGCACGGAAGGAGGAGCGGACUGCCGUGACCCGAGAGAAUCAUGCAAAGGCUGAUCCCACAAAGUGCCAGGAGGAGGUCCAGAAGCUUCAGGAGCGUGUGGAGAAGUGCAACCAGCAGGCUGAGAAGGCCAAGCAGCACUACGAGAGAGCAUUGGAAGACCUGUACCGCUGUAACCCGCGAUACAUGGAGGACAUGGAGCAGGUGUUCGAGAUCACCCAGGAGGCCGAGAAGAAGAGGCUGCUUUUUUUCAAGGAGGUCCUGCUCAGCACCCACAAGCACCUGGACCUCUCCAGCAGCGACAGAUUCAAGGCACUGUUUCAAGACCUGGGCAAGACACUAGCUGCAACCAGCGAUGCAGAGGACCUGAGAUGGUGGAGGAACACGUAUGGGCCAGGCAUGGCCAUGAAUUGGCCGCAAUUUGAGGAGUGGUCCCCUGUCACCAGCUUCUCCAUCAGCCGGAAAGAGAGGACCAGCCAAGCAGAGAACGUGGUUACUCUGACUAACGUCGUAUCAGCUGUGGAGCCGGUGUCCAGUGGGAACGCCUGGUCUGAUGGAGACAUCUCGGGGAACUGCAGUACGGCUAAUGGGAGGGACAGUGACGUGGAGCCGGUGGGAGAGCGCGUGAAAGCCCUCUAUGACUAUGUGGGCCAAGAGGAGGAUGAGCUGAGCUUCAAAGCCGGUGAGGAACUAAGGAAGCUAAGUGAAGUGGACGAGCAGGGUUGGUGCAAAGGGCAACUGGACAGUGGGGAAGUUGGACUGUACCCUGCAAACUAUGUCGAGGUGAUCUGGUCCAGAUGACCUGCCACUUGAAUGGCCUGACAGAAUGAUGGCAACACCAGUCCAGUUUACUAUGAUUCCAGUGCAUUUUGCCUGAACUUGGGGGAAGUCGCACCUUUUCAUAAGUGGUGUAAUAAUUAAGGCUUGUUUUUAAAUAAGGGCCACUACUUAAGGGACUUUGAGGAAGUAGCUUGUAUGUUUUGUGCUGGUUUUGCGGUAUUGAUGUGGAGGAUGUGUGGGUUUGGGGCUUGGGGUUUAACCUGCUGCACUUUCCAGAGCUGAGAGUACACUUCCACAUUUCUCUGAGGAGUGCCCUUCCACAUUACUCUGAGGAGUACCCUUCCACAUUACUCUGAGGAAUACCCUUCCACAUUUCUAAUUGGCUCAUCUGGCAGCUCAAAGCUUCAAACGUUGUUUUUUUUUUUCCCCCCGUGGAAUACUCGCUGGUUCAGGUAGACUCAUUUAAUCAGUCUUUAACAAAGCAAUGAGCCACGUUGGCAUUUAUUAUCCCAGUGUUAAUGUUUCUGUUUAACCUAAUGCAGAGAUUUCCAUGUGUUUCUUGGGGUGAUUCUAUGGUGUCACCCUGAGAGCUUGUGAUUGACAUUACACUUCACUCGCAGUGUAUUGAUCUGAGAAAUAGCAUGCCAAGAAUGUGCAGUGAAGGGUAUAGGUGUCUUGGAAGGGGCACCCUUCAAAUGUUGGCCCAGUAGGCUACUUUCCUUUUUUUUUUCUUUUUUGAAUGUGUACUUAAUCUCUUUUUGUGUCCUUUUUUCUUAGCUAAAGUUUUUAAAGUUUUGUUUACUUUUCAUCAUGAGUUGAAACGAUUUAUCAUUAGUUAUCAUUGUACAAAUUAAAAGCAAGAUAUAACAUGUAUGGAACUAUAUCCUUACUAACUGUGUACUGGAUUAAACUCCAUGCUGUGUAUGAUAAUUUUGUGGACCUUUAUUGGCUAAUUAAAGUAUUGUAAGUUAUAUAGAAUAUUGUAUUUUUACAUGAUGUUUUACACGAUUUAAUGCAUGACACAAAUCUUUAUUCCUGUGGGUGUGGGGAGUUACCCGGAGUAUCGUUUUGACAAAUCUUGAAAUUCUGCGUGAAAUGAUAUUAUUGAAAUGGUGAAGCAUUUGCUGCCCAUUAGAGACACUUUCUUAUUUUACUCUUUUAUAAUUGACAUGGAAAUAAAAAUCAUCAAAAUACAAACUCA